AUGUCAUUUUCAGAUCGAGUCACAUUUGAUUUUACAUACAAGCCACGAGAAGAAACUGAUUUUAAGGAAAUAUAUCCUGAUCUUGAUGAACAUGAACAACUUCCUGUAUUUGUAAUUGAUAAUUCAAAUAACAACAACAAUGAUGAAAAUGAUCCUAAUGAAAUAGUGGAGAUCACCAAUAAUGAUAAACAUCAUGUAAACUUAGCAGAUCUUAAAACUCCUGUAUUCAAGAAAAUAACUCCUAAUAAACCAAAAGCAAAUCUACGAUUCAAUAGGCAAUUGUUAGACUAUGGAUUCCAUAACCCUUCAGCAACAACAACAACAACAACAACACCAACAACGCCCAGUGUAACAACUACAUCUGCAUCCAAGGCAACUGGUGGAAUUAACACCUAUAUAAGACCGUUUCAACCUGUCUCAUUUAGAAACUCUACCAAAUCAAUAGAAAAACUUAUCGAGAUGAAAAAAAAUUUAGUUGAAUAUGAUAUGGAUGAACAAGAUUUUUUAUUUUUGAAAAAUCGAAACAAUGAUUCUAAAAAUGUAAUUAAGAUAACUCCGGAAGUUUUUGAAAUUAUCAUGACAUCUUUGGAAAACCAAUGGGAUCAUCUUGAAUAUCGUAUGAAUUCAGUUAUUUCCAGUAGUGGAGGAGCUACUAGUAUUUAUGAUAUUUCCAAUGGUAAUUCUUCAAAAUUAUUAACCAUGGGUCAUAAUAACGCUAAAUAUGGUAAUGAUGAUGGAAUAGUACCGGGUUCUAUUUAUGAUCAACGUUGUGCUAUUUGUAAUGACAGUGAUUGUGAUAAUGCCAAUGCGAUUGUAUUUUGUGAUGGAUGUGAUAUUGCUGUACAUCAAGAAUGUUAUGGUGUAGCAUUUAUUCCUGAAGGUCAAUGGCUAUGUCGUAAAUGUAUGAUUAAUAAGAAUAGAACAACUCAAUGUGUUUUUUGUCCAAGUACGACAGGUGCGUUUAAACAAUUGGAUAAUAGUCUUUGGAGUCAUGUUAUUUGUGCAUUAUGGAUCAAUGAAUUGUAUUUUGCCAAUCCCAUUUAUAUGGAACCUAUUGAGGGAAUUGAUAAUGUUCCUAAGAGUCGUUGGAAAUUAACAUGUUAUAUAUGUAAACAGCGAGUUGGUGCUUGUAUUCAAUGCUCAAAUAGAAGUUGUUUCCAAGCGUAUCACGUGACGUGUGGUAAAAGAGCAGGAUUAUAUAUGAAUAUGACCCAGGGGAUUAAAGGAGCCAUUAGUAACAAGUUAACAUUGAAAACAUAUUGUGAAAAGCAUAGUCCAGAUGAUGAUGCUGAUUAUGAUGAGGCUACAAUUCUUAAAGGGAUUGAUAGAGUAAGGAAAUAUUACCGGGAUACCAAGUUGUUGAAUGAACAGAAUGCUAGAUUGAGUAAACUGAGAAAGACGGCUAACAAAUUGAAUAUAUUUAAAUGGACUACUGAAUCAAAUACACCUAUUGCUCCCAAAUUAUUCAGUGAUACACUCAUGGGGAUUUUGUAUCGAUUGAAAGUUGCGAAUCAGAUCAGUUUACCUGAAGAGUCUACUAAUCAAGUGUUGCAUUUAAAUGUGUUGCCCAAUAGAAGCAAACUAGAAAUCGAUCAAGAUUUGAGAUCUAUUGCCGAUGAAAUGUGUCGAUAUUGGUGUUUGAAAAGGGAGCUGAAACGAGGAGCACCGUUAAUUCGAAAGAAUAAUAAUUUGAUUGCCACAAGUUCUAUAUUGUAUGAUUCCAAUACAUUGAAAAGUGGUGGGCUUUAUGAACCAAAAACUAAAUUAAGAUUUGCAGAAAUGUUGAUUAAUGACAUUGAUCGAUUGACAAAUAUGAGUGAAGAUUUAUUAGAACGUCAAGAAUUGGAUAGUCAUAUUAAUCAGUUGAGUUUUGAUGCAGUGGAUGGGGUAUAUUUUCCAUUAAAACAAGCCAUUGAGGAGAUUUUGACCAGAUUGAAUGGUAAAUAUGAUGCUCAGGAGACGUUGCAAAAUUAUAAACCAAAAAUGGAAGGUGUUUAUUCACUUUCUGAAAUUACCAUGAAGAAUUCUCAAUAUGGGUACUGGUCGGUCGAUGAAUUGGUUCUAGAUUUGAGCAACUUACAAGAACAAACAAUCAAAGAUCAGAAACCAACUUCUCAUAUAUUCAAGAAAAUGAGAAACUGGAUGAAUGAAUUUCGUAAUAAAGAUCUACCGUCAUUGAAACUAUUUGAAAUACAAAUGAGGCAUGGCGUUGAUGAUGGAUUUCCUAAAGUCAGAAGUGAUGGAUUAAAUACCAACUUGGAACCAUUUGAUUAUCACGCAGUAUUAAAAGAGAAUGAUCUAAGUGAACUUGAUGAUGUCGAUGACGAUGAGAUUGAAUCUCCAGAGAAUAAAGCAAUCUUUGAUAAAUUCUUACAUGGAUGA